AUGACCUCCCAAUUGAUAUGGGACACGAACUUGAAACAGUGUGAGUUCCUGCUCAAAUGUUCCUGGGCGUUGUCGCUGGGCAUCGGUUUGCUUUUGGCAGGAUACUUCAUGUUCCAUCUAUGGCUGUUGCGAGAAGGCAAGACGACGCUUGAGUUUUUGGCUGGAAAGAGAGGAGAACUAGCGGACUGCAGUUUCAUACACAAUUUGACGGUAUACUUUGGUUGUGACGUGUGGAACUGGUGGCUGCCAAUAGAUCCGAUCCUGAACGCUGCUAUGAGAGGAAAAACUGAACGUGAUGGAGAACACGGAGAGGAGAUACUCGAACUUGUCAUGUAA